UAUCUCUCAAAUGAUAAAGAAAUCAAAACAAGAGAGCAGACACCAGUUGGAAGCCCUUACACAAGUUUAUAUAUACAAUACUUUUCAGGGGGUUAAAUAUAUUUUAUUCGAUUCAAGUUUCGUCUAUGGCUUUUUCUUGUCCUUUGGCAGAAUAAUCACAUGAAGCCAGCCACUCUCUCUUUUACAGAAUAUGAGUACCCUCCAAAAAAAACUUAUAUUAUAUUCCUUGGCUUUAGCUAUUCUAACAUCCCUUGUUUUCUUGCUUGUACUGUCUGAAACCUUUGAAAGUUAGCUGUUUUCUUCUACUUUGCUAGAAAGCAAACCUUUCCAAUAUAGCUUCACUGCUCCCCCUUUUUCUAAUAUGCAAAUGAUACCCGGAGACCCCUUUUCACUAUCCACUUCCCUCCCAGGGCUUCCCAAUAAUGAACAAAACACUAACACAAACCCUAACCCUAAUACUCCACCGCCCAACAAAAAGAAGAGAAAUCUACCCGGAACACCAGAUCCAGAUGCGGAGGUUAUUGCUCUUUCGCCAAAGACUCUCAUGGCAACGAACCGUUUCAUCUGUGAAAUAUGCAACAAAGGGUUUCAGAGGGACCAGAACCUUCAGCUCCAUAGGAGGGGUCACAACCUUCCAUGGAAGCUAAGACAGAGAUCAAACAAAGAUAUUCGGAAGAAGGUAUAUAUCUGUCCAGAAAAAACCUGUGUCCACCACGAUGCGGCAAGGGCUCUCGGUGAUCUCACCGGAAUAAAGAAGCAUUAUAGCAGAAAACACGGUGAGAAGAAGUGGAAGUGUGAAAAGUGUUCGAAAAAAUACGCAGUUCAAUCUGAUUGGAAAGCUCACACCAAAACCUGCGGCACCAGAGAGUAUAAGUGCGACUGUGGCACCCUCUUCUCAAGGAAGGACAGUUUUAUUACACACAGGGCAUUCUGCGAUGCCUUAGCUGAAGAGAGUUCGAGACUCACCUCAGUUGCUUCAACGAGCCUAAAUUUUAUGAGUGAAGAUACAACUAUGAUGAACACACAAGCUAGUUUGUCGUCAAGUGGAUUAAUCAAUGGCCAGGGAAUGCAAAGUGUUUCACAUUUUGGUCCACAUGGGCUUCGUUUAAUGAGCAUGGGCACAGACCAACAAAGACCAAACUUGUCACUAUGGUUGAACCAAGGAAAUCACCACAUUAACAACCCACUUGAUGUGGCAUCAUCAAGUUCUUCUGGUUUGCCUGAGGUAUUGCACAUGGCACAACCUAAUAAUAAUGCCUUAAUUGGUUCUUCUACAAUGUUCUCCAAUUUUGGAAUAACGCCUGCUUCUUCCAAUUCAUCUAAUCCAAACUUAUCUCUAAUGGGGAAAAAGGGAGAAGGUGGAGCUUCAGAUUUGGCAUCAAUGUAUUCUGAGAGUCAAAACAAGAAUUCAAACUCAGCUACUCCAAUGUCAGCCACUGCCCUUUUGCAGAAAGCAGCACAAAUGGGCUCCACCAGAAGCACCAAUCCUUCAAUUUUCAGUGGCAGUUUUGGAGUAAUGAGCUCAUCCUCCACGCAAAGUACUAGUCUCAAUAGCAAUUCAAACCAAAGCUCUGACCAACUUAACCACGCCUUUCAGAAUUUUAAUGCAACAAGCAGCAGUGCAACUCUGUUGGGAAGUUCUACUAACUUUAGCUCGUUGACGCAUUCAUCAAACGGUUUUGACCAGUUUCUGAUGGAAAACAAUGUGGAGCCGACCCAGUUGAAGCUCCAUCCUGGCUCAAACAUAAUGGAGCAACAUAACUUGACAAGAGAUUUUCUUGGCGUGAGUGGAAAUGGAGGUGGACAUCAUGCAUUUCUACCCCAAGAGCUGGCAAAGUUUGCUUCCUUAGGCUCAUCAAUGGGAUUGAAUCAGUUCACUGCAGGCCAUCAAUGAAGUCUUUUCUGACUAUAAUUAACUCAUAGUAUGACAUAUCUAGUGGUCCCAAUUCAUGUGUAAAAUAACACUAAAUUAUUGGGAAGUUCGUGAAGGUUGGGACCAAGUUAGAGCGAGUUCGAGAUCAGAGAUGGUUCUUUGUGUGUGUUGUCAGCGGUUCGGAGGGUAAAAGGGACCCACUGCAUGUUUGAGAUGAAAGAAGGAACAGCGAGUUCCCCGAGCAAUGCAUGUUCUUCAAGUAGUUGUUGUUCUUGUUUGUUUGUCUUCUGUCUUAACCUUGUUAUCGUUUUUGGCUUCUCUUCCUCGAAACAAGUGAAAAUUAGUAUAAAGUAUAAAAAGCAACCAGAAAAUAAUGAGAAUUUGAUUGAAGAGCAAAAAAUGGGAAAAAAA